AGUAGUAUAUCAUCAGUAGUAUAUCAUCAGUAGUAUCAACAGUAGUUACAAGAUAAUGUCGGGGUACAUUGUAAUCCUCUGCAUCAUAGCAACAGCGUUUGUAACUGUCUACGGCAGGCAGAAAUGUCCGCUGACAUACAAAGACUGCGGAUCAGGGCUUAGCAAAAUAAUCAAUGUGCUCUUCAGUGGAAUCGACUGUCCGUCUGAAGGAGCUCCAGCUGUGGUCCCUAGAGGCAGUACUGUCCAGGUGUAUGCGGAGUUUAUACCCCAUGUGUCAACUCCCACACUUACAGCAUCCAUUCAUGCCUGUUUGGGCUUUAUUUGUUUGCCUUUUCCUCUUGCCCCUACUGAUGCUUGUCAAGAUUCAAACAUCACCUGUCCAGUGAAGAGUGGUGUGCAGUACACAUAUGCACCAGUCAUCCAAAUCAAGAAUUAUCUUCCCUGGGUAUCUGCUUGUGUGAAGUGGGAACUAAAGGGUGCGCGUGGAGAAGUCAUUGGGUGUGUGAAGUUUCCAGUUAAAAUCGUAUAAAACGUCCACGAUUCCUCUUCUUUUGAGAUUUUGUUCUAAUAAAUUAUGCCUGUCAGUAGAAUUUGCACACACCUGCUCACCCAAGACCUUGCUCUCCCUUUUUUUAAAAAAACACUUGUAUUUGAGGGAUUCGGUAAAAUUGGUUAAAUUUCACCUUUUUUGAGAAAAUUGAUGGAACGCAAAAGGUAAUUUUUUGCAGACAUGUCUUGCCUCAUAUUGGGUGGGUCGGGGGAUGGAUGUGUGUUGAAUUUUCUGUGCACUUAACAACUAUAAUAAGAAGGAAACUCUGACAUAUUCUUUUCAGCGCCAUUUCAUUUCAUUCAAAGAAAUUUCAAGAAAUCCUAGGCAUGAUCGAAAGAUAAUUGCGACUGUAACUUUGUAGAUGUUGGAUGCUACAUUGUGAAUGUUUUGACAUUUGCUUAAGUUACAGAAUUAUUUUCAGUUAUGCUGCUUCCUUUGUAAUUGUUAUAAUUUGAUAAUGUAUCUUUGAGAUUACAUGUUUGACAUUGUUCACCGCAUUGCUGACUUUAACUGGACAGUCAUUAGACAGUCCAUUAAUUAAUUAAAACAAAGCAGAGUUCCAGAA